CCGCUUUCUCUCCCUUCCUAUAGCAUGUAGACGCGCACUCGCUCCCCGUCUCCCCGUCUCCCGUUAUCAGCACAAGAGCCAUGGAUCAGAAGCGCAAACAGAACGAGCAGAGCGAUUUGUUCGCCGGCUUCAGUACGGCGUACAAAUCGUUCGCCACAGAAGCCAUUCACAUCGGGCAGGAACCGGAGCAAUGGAAAUCAAUGGCUGUGGUGCCGCCGAUUUCUCUUUCUACAACGUUCAAGCAGCUCGCACCAGGAAACCAUGCCGGGUAUGAAUACAGCCGGAGUGGAAACCCCACAAGAAACUGUCUUGAGACGGCUGUGGCUGCUUUGGAUGGAGCAAAGUAUUGCAUUGCGGUGGCCUCUGGGCUGGCGGCCACAGUAACCAUCACUCACUUGCUCAAGUCGGGUGACGGAAUCGUCUGCAUGGAUGACGUGUACGGAGGCACAAACCGCUACUUCCAAAGAAUUGCAACUGAAGGCGGUCUGGAGGUGUCCUUCGCUGACUUUACAAAGCCGGAGCUGCUCAAGGCCGCUCUGAAGGCCAACACCAAACUGGUGUGGAUUGAGACACCCACCAACCCCAUGAUGAAGGUGGUUGACAUAAAGGCUUGUUCUGAGGUGGCCCAUGAAUACAACAAAGACAUCGUGGUGGUUGUGGACAACACCUUCAUGUCUGCCUACUUCCAGCGUCCUUUGGCUUUGGGUGCUGAUAUCUGCAUGUAUUCAGCGACCAAAUACAUGAACGGGCACAGUGACGUGGUUAUGGGUCUGGCCUCAAUGAACCGGGAUGAUCUGUAUGAGCGACUGAAGUUUCUGCAAAAUGCUCUGGGCUGCGUACCGUCUCCCUUUGACUGCUUCCUGUGCAACCGAGGACUGAAGACGCUACACCUGCGGAUGGAGCGCCAUUUCAAGAACGCCAUGGCCGCCGCAAAGUUUCUGGAGGCAGAUGCCAGGGUGGAGCGAGUCAUUUUCCCAGGCCUGCCCUCUCACCCCCAGCAUGCAGUGAUGAAGAAACAAUGCACUGGAUGCCCGGGGAUGAUCACCUUCUACAUUAAGGGGAAACUCGAGCACGCCACGGCCUUCCUCAGUAACCUCAAAUUAUUUGCGAUAGCUGAGAGUCUUGGUGGCUACGAAAGUUUAGCAGAACAUCCGGCGAUUAUGACCCAUGCGUCGGUUCCAGAAAAAGAGCGGAUUGUCCUGGGCAUCAGUGACACACUCAUCCGACUCUCUGUGGGUCUGGAGGAUGAGGAAGACAUCAUUGAAGACCUGAAUCAAGCACUGGCUGCUGCUCACCCAAAGACCAAGUGAGAUCAACAGGGGCUGAAGUUGAAGUCUGAGUCGGUAAGAAGACCGGAGCUACCAGAAGUCUCAAAUCCUGGCCGAUCAACACUUGGUACCUAGUAUCAACGCUCUAAAGUUGGAGAUCAAACUAUCAGCGAUCAACUUACAAAAUACAAAUCCUGCGCUCGGUGGAUCAUUUAUAUACCUUUUUAAAUGAGAAUUGUUUUGAUGCCUAUUUUACUUUGCCAUUAUUUGUAAUCUAAUUACAAAUGGAUUUGCUAUGUUGGAGGGAUGUUAAUGGGGUGUUUAUUCAAUGAAGGCUAAAAUCAUUUAAUUAUUUAGAGUUAGAAAAUCUUUCCAGGAAACUUAUUUACUGUAGACCAUUCUCCCAAUAUCACUGCAGCUGUAAUCUGUAUUUAUAAUGUUUUAAUUAUAGCUGGCAUAGUUUCCUCUGCGAACAAAUGUGUUGAUGAUCCCAUUAGGUUCCCAGACUCAAACAGGCGAAGCUAAUGUCCCCAUCUACUGUCAAAGAACAACAAAUGGGUCUUUUCUGUCAACUUCUGUUUUCACAUCCAUAAUCCAAAUCAUUUUAUUAACAAACAAAAUCUCCUUUCAAACAUACUGACCAGAAAUCUUGUGUUUUUGCUUAAAUAAUAUUGAUGAUCGAUAUUAUUCUAUAAGUAUAUGCUUGGUCAUGAAGAGAAGAAUCCUGUUCCUCAUGUUUGAGACUAAUCCGGACAUGAAUUAGUUGUAGAUAAAUUGGUGCCUGAGUGAGUAUUUUGUAGGCAUGUGUCUUGUUCAGAGCUGUUUCCCUGCAACAACUGAAGGCUGUUACAGGAGUAUUUCUCCUAGGUGUUUCUAAUAAUGCGUUAGGGUGGACUGAAAACGCUAAAUUUCCCCCAGGUCUGAAAAAAAAAAAAAAAAAAGUCAGAAUAAAUGUGUCACUGAGCCUCUCGCCCAUAGUCCCAUCCCUCCCCAAGAAUACGCUUCAUUUGGGACAAAUCACUUGCGAUCAAUUGUCAUUUAUAUAACUGAGAAAUCACUUGCGAUCAAUUGUCAUUUAUGUAACUGAGAAAUCCAUUAAAAUGAGUUUGCAGUAAAA